AGGCAGGAUGACAGUCAAACGGCUCGGAGAGGGGCGAAAUCUGCCACACUGAGAAAGACCAGGGGAACUACGACUCACCAGCGUGUUAAAUCUGACAGAUUACAACACCGCCGAACUACCCGGGGGAAGAAGGUGUCGGUUCCAUUUGUCGCUUCCCUCUCCUUCCUUCAGAGGACCUGGCGGAUUUUACAGCGACAGGGAAGAGCGAGAGAGAGAGAGAGAGAGAGAGAGAGAGAGAGGCAGAGACCCGCGCCCGGACGCAGCUUGAACCUAUAGAUUUAUUUACACGCCAUCGUAACUGAACUAUAGCUACACGCCAGCGAGAUAUCCGUGUUCCGGGCUGCGCUGAAACGCCUUGCCCAAGUCGACUUUUUAUUAUCUUCUGUAGUCAGAAGGGUCGGGAGGACGCCCCUCCAGGUCGACUCCUUUACAGACAUUUAAACGUUGAACCUAUUUUUAAAAUCCGAUUCGUAUGGGAAACGAUCGGCGCGAUGGUUGUGCAAUAGACGGGGAUCGCCGCUGACGCUCGGCCGACUGCCUUCGCUGUUGUUCGCGGUGACCGUGGAUCCGGAGCUGAGUCGGGGUUUUUUUUUUUUUAUAAAAGUCGUCGGGACUCGUUGGUGUUUUUAAAAACUCUUAACGCCGACCCAAGAGAUUCAAGAGAUCCGAGGGAUCCGAGCGAUUCGGGAGAGUGUGAGGAGGUUCGUAAGGGACAGGGGGGGGGAAAGAAGAAGGGAAUAUUGUUUCUCCAGUGUGAAGCCUCCGGAGAGCCAACUACCUACAGUAUGACGAGCAGCACCCCGGCGGACAUGAUCAAUCUGCGGCUUAUCUUGGUCAGUGGGAAGACAAAAGAAUUCCUCUUCUCACCCAACGACUCGGCAGCAGACAUCGCCAAACAUGUGUAUGACAACUGGCCAAUGGAUUGGGAGGAGGAGCAGGUCAGCAGUCCUAACAUUCUGAGGCUGAUCUACCAGGGUCGCUUUUUGCACGGGAACGUAACGCUAGGAGCCCUCAAACUGCCCUUGGGGAAGACGACAGUGAUGCAUUUAGUUGCCAGAGAGACUUUGCCUGAGCCAAAUUCCCAAGGUCAGAGGAACAGGGAGAAGACUGGAGAGAGCAACUGCUGUGUCAUUCUGUAAAUACACACCUCUUAAGAGCGCCCCCUCGUCCUCCCUCCUCAUCCUCUUCCUCGCCGUCCUGGACCUAAUGAGUCUGUCCCCUGUCCUGGAGCCUGCAGACACACACACACACACACAUACACACGUACACACACACACACACACACAGAGAAAGCGGGCUCGGGCUGACCCAGGACUCAGAAUUGAGAAUAGUGCAUUGGUUGAUGAUUGGACUGACUCCUCUGUUGUACUUGAUUCACUUUCAGAACAGAAGAUUAGAGGAAGGAAUUGUAUCGUCGAAGAUUUGCAUGUUGUGUGUUUUUUUUUGUGUUUUUUUUUUUUUUACGCACACCUUUUUAAGCCUUCUGCCAUAGAAUUACAGAAAUACCAUAGCCGACACAAAUACACACACACACAAAUACACACACACACAUCUCAAGCCAACUCGUGUCAGUCUGCUGGACCGGCUGUCCUGCAAGAUUUCGAGCUAGCUCCUCAAUCUGAGGUGGUUGCCAUGGCAACGCCGUGCCCACGUUUGCGUGAGUGUGGCCUUGUUUUCUCUUAUAGACCGCGGAGAAUUAUAAACCACUAACAACUCUUCCAACACCUGCACGCACACGCACACACACACACACACACACACACACCCUAUCUACACAUCCAGCCGUAUGUGCUUGUGUGAAGCCCCACGUUGGAGCAGACAAAACUCGGAUGUGCCUGAUCAGAGAACUCCACACCACACACAUACACACACACAAACACACAACAUAAACACACACACACACACACACACACACCUGUAUUGUUUUACUGCCCUCCUCUGCAUGCGCCCUGUAAGCGCACAAAAGAGUAACGAUUGCUUCUUCUUUUUUUUUUUCCGCCGGGGCAGUUUUGCAGAAAGCGACCAGAUUCUCCUCAAGUCUCUCGAGUGCGGUCGAGCCAACGCCCGAACAGACACACACACGCCCGCGGCCGGCGUCUGUGUGUGUGUUCCGCGUCACCUGCUCGUCCACGCCAUCCGCGACUGUGUUCUGACAGUCCGCGCGUAUUACCCACCGACCCACCCACCGGCCGGCGUUGUCGAUUAACAGAACCUUCGUCACGCCCCCCCCACCCCCCACCCUCGGCUGCUCCAUCCCUCCUUUCCAUGCCCCCACCCCCCUCCACAGGGGGACGCGAGAGAUUUACCCCGCCCUCCGUUUUCAACACGGUGUCGGUGACGGGGCUCACCGACCGGAAAUGAACUCGGGGAGUGAAAAGUUCCCUCGCUUUCCGCCCCGACUUCUCCUCCCUCGGCCCUCCUCUCCUCCCCCCCCCCCAGCGCUAACGAGUCCAUUUUGCACAAUCGAAGCAUGUACUCCUUCAGAUUUAAAGACAAAAAAAAAAAAAAGAAAUUAAAAAAAGAAAAAAAGAAACUUUAUUAUUUUAUUUUAUAUUUUUCCAAUGGGAAUGAUGUUCCACGCUACGGUGAGGUGUAGGAUAUAUUUAAUAUGACUCUUAUAUAGACCACGACGACUCUAGAUCUCGUCGAUGUACAGUAUAUCGGUGUUUUAGUCUACAGCCGUGUUGUACGGUCAGCUUCUUGCGGUUCCCACGGCAACAGCAGCAAAGCCUCCCUCAUCAUCGACACACCCUGACUUCUGUUUCAUCUCUUCGGUGAACCGUUUUGUUUUGACUUUCGUUUUCUUUUCUUUGUUCAUAAUUUAAUGUAAUCCUGUUUUUUUUCUUUGUGGGUUUUUUUUUCUUCUUUCUUUUCUUUAAGGAAUCGCUUUGUAACAGCACUAGGUCUUAAAGAUAUUGUUUAUAUUGAUCAGGGUUCAAAUCUGUACAGAGAUAAACGUUUUCAAGCCAACUGUAAAUAGCACUAAUGCGCCCCCUUGCCCUGCAAAUGGAAAACAUCUGUAAACUAAAUAAAGAUUAUUGAAGUGCA